AUGGACGAGUAUCAGACUGCUGAGGAGACUACAUUUGUUGUGGAUGAGAUAACCACAAUUAUCAAAGAAACUGUUGAAAGCACCAUUGGCAACAGCUCUUACCAACACAAUCGAAUCAACCAGUGGACAUCAAGCAUUGUGGAGUCAAGUCUGAGCCAGCUAACUAAAUUAGGAAAGCCCUUUAAGUACAUAGUGACAUGUAUCAUUAUGCAAAAAAGUGGUGCAGGUUUGCACACUGCCAGCUCAUGUUUCUGGGACAACACUACAGAUGGGAGCUGCACAUUGCGGUGGUCAAAUAAAACCAUGUACUGCAUAGUUAGUGUUUUUGGGCUUGCCAUUUGAGGAUGAAUAAGGCUGAUGUAUCCAGACCUUUCAGUUUAGACUCCUUAACAAGAAAUGCUGUCCCUGUUUGAUUUGUAAGUAUAAUA